AUGGGACCCAGAUCUGGCAGGUCAGGUGGCCAAAAUUUUGAAAACCUAAUAGGACUUAGGUCCGAAGGGUUAGUAGGCCAUACCGUCAGGGAAAGCCAGACUGAGCCAAGUGGACUUCGGCAGCCGAAGUGCGUUACAGGCACAACCGGUGUAUCCAGGAGUGGUACGAAAGCCGGGGGUGUGACUGGUAGUUGUAGUCAAGGGGAGGGACUCUUGGCUGGUUCACAAGGAAGUGGACCUUUGCGGCGAACGCGCACGGAAGCUGGAAACCGUUACCUAAUGAAGCCGAUCCUGAAAGGCGGUAGCAACGUAAUCGGAGACCUGCACCGAAAAUUGCCGAGGAUAGAUGCAGCAACAAUGAGGUUUACCAAACCGAACCUACAGGAGCUGAAGAAGCAAGCGUCGGCGUGCGUCACAGGCACGCUCGGCGUAUCCACGAGGGGUACAUAUGCCGGGGGUGUGACUGGUAGUAGUCAAGAGGACUCAGGUCAGGUCGACAAGGAGGUAGGAGCUGUUAGAGGGACCCUGCGAGAAGGCAGCCCUCAGCAGACUCGAAGGAGUACCCAGAGUGGUACAGAAGCCGAACCAGCAGUCGCGCAAACCCUGAGAGGUCCCUGCCCGGCUGACAGUGAAGAGGCACAGCAGCGAGGUGGCACUAGACUGCGCGGCAGCACUCUAGGCCACCAGGCGGAAGUAGCGGCCAGGCACACCCAGAGAGGUCCCUGCCUCGCCCAGGCUAUGGAAGCCCCUAGACAGGCGGAAGCAGAAGCCAGGCAUACCCAGAGAGGUGACUGCCUCGCCGGAUCUGCGGAAGCAACCAGCAGGACAGUGGGCGCGCUCAGGAACGCGCAACGUGAAGGCGACCCCUGUUCAGAGGCGAAAGGGGAGGCCGAGUAUACCCAGAGAGGUCCCUGCUCCGCCGUGAACCCGGAAGCCAACAGCAGACCAAGGAAUGACCUACAGGAGACCCUUUUGGCUGGUUCACUGAAAGGUGAAUCCUUUAGACGAACGCGCACUGAAGCCGGCUCGAACCUUCUAAUGAAGCCGAUCCUGUAUAGUGAAGGCGCGGUGAACUAUAUUGGAGAUAUGUGGUUGCAGCGGAACGACGCAGCGAGGGAGUUGAAGCAGCCCAAGGCACUGGCGCACAGUGGGGGUUCGCCGAGGCUUCUGCGUCGAACUGCGGGGCCGGACGCUCACGGUGGGAGUCUCGUCUGGAACGAGGACCGUCUACCAGGGUGCUCUUGGCCGGCAACGCACGAGGCCGAAGGCGGUACUGCUUUGGAAGCAAGAGAUGCCAGCCGGAAGCCGAAGCGGACUGUCCACUGGGGUGUCAGUAAACGGAUACCCGAAGCAGCGGGACAGCCUACCCAAACGACAUGGAGACCGGAAUAUCUAGGACAUGUCAUCACCGAAGAUGUAGGAUGCCUACUAUCAGAGGAGUACCUACUUCCUGAGGUGACCCUGGAACAAUUGCCAGAGAAAUUGGCAGAAGAGAUACCAAGAAGCGGAUGGGUGGAUCGACUGCCAAGCAGGCACAAGAGGCCCCAUCUGGAAGGUAUUGAAGAUCCGGCACAACGCGCAGUCGUGCCGAAGAAUAUGAAGAGGAGGAAAGGCUUGCCACCCGAAGAGGUAGCCUGGACUCCAGGAGAACCACCUGGAAAAACAGGAAAUGGAAUGGGAUCGGUAUGGAAAAGGACCGAACCAAACACACGAGAACCCAUGACAAAUACUGAAGAAGCAAUUGAGGGAACCAUGCAAUGUAGAAGAUGGAAUUCUCUACAGAAGAUGACCGGAGAAACACCGGCGAACAUACUUUUAGGCUAUACUCCUCCUAGACCAGGAGACUGGAGCAUACCCAGCCGACGAGGACCCCUACCAGAGCAACUCGCAGCCAGAGUUGAGAGAUUUGAAAAGGUGAAGCGCCUUGACAGGACCGUGAAGGCCAGCCUGCAGCACACCAAGGAGCUGGUGAUAGCCGCGAAGGGGCGAACCUGCCACCAGUUUGUCAAGGGCGCGGACACGUCUUCGGCAGAAGAUCGUGAACCACCUGGAGGACAAGCAGCAGAGAAACUCGAGGGGAGAAAACCCCAAGAAACAGACAGGGCGGAUCUGCAGGAGGGGCCUGCGGAGAAGUCCGAAGGCCAGCGACGAUUCACGGGUGAGCGUCGUGUCGGAGACCGACGAAGAUCCCGAGCCAUAUCGCUCGAACCCGAUAGCAGGCAACGCGAUCAGAGCCAAGCUGCGACGAGGGAAGACCUGCAGAAGGUGUACCCUGCAGCAACGGGGGACGGUGACAGCGAUAGUGACGAUGAAUGCGCUGGACCUAGGGUGAUAGUGACCAGAGCCCUGGUACACUAGAACCCUGUGAGCGGAACAAGUACUGUCCUAUUGGGGCCAUGGUGGCGUGCCAAGACAGGAACCUUUUUUAAAGGAGGGGGGUGUCGUGAAACAAAACUAGUUUGAAAUUUCACGAGCUCCAGUAUAAGGACCGCCCACUUAGAAU